UGUGGGCAACGGUAACAAAAUGUCUCGAGGGCCACACAUAGAACCCCGAAGGAUCGCAGACACUUCUUUAUGAAAAGAAUUAUUGUUACCUACUGCCCAGAAACAAUAUCAGAGCAAAGCGUUUGAUCUACUGGUGUGGGGAUUAUGCCAAAAGCAAGAUGAAUUUCCAAGUUCACAUCACUGUAGUGUUCUUUUUUUGCUUUUCUGCUCUUUCAGGGGAAGACACAAGAAGAUAUGAAGGAAUAAAUAGAACUGGACAAUUGCCAAGAUAUCCUGUUUGUGUUCAUUACAUCCUCAAACCAAUAUGUGUGUUGUAUUAUCGCCCUGUCUGUGGGAGCGACAGGAGAACCUACCGGAACAAGUGUGAGCUUUGCAGUUACUCCAGGGAACACGACAAGGUUAUAAAGAUUGUAAAGGAAGGACCAUGUUAAAGAUUGAGGAUACCAUCAUUCGUCUUAUCUUAUCUUGCAUGGCCUGGAGUCCUGCAGGUUUAGUAGUACAUAAUCCUACCAUGGGACUACGGUAUGGAACAGAUUAUCUCUUGAUGUCCCCACAUUCCUACACCAAUGUUAAUAUUGCGCUAAUGCUACUAUUUUAGCUUGCUAAAAAAAUAAAAGGGUGGUUUAAAUCACUAGUUUUAUUCCACAUCUCUGGAUUAAAA